AUGAUUCAAGAGGUACUACAAAUCUGCCACGACUCGCUGGAAGGAGGUCAUCAAGGUAUCGCACGAACCUUCUACCGGAUACCGCAAACCAUGUACGCUCUUGUCCCGACUGUAGCUCGAGUAAUAGCCGACCGAAGCUUCGCGGGUACUUACCUGGCAACGUUCUGGCAGGGCGACUAUUUCAAAUCGAUGGAUUUCGCCAUACCCUUACCGAAGUCUCGGCGAGGGAGCCUUGCUCUAUUGUUAUUUCAGUGUGCAUUCACCGGACCCGUAAUGGGUAACGCCAUGGCAAACGCCACCGCCUUACGGGUGGCGCAGGUGUUUGAAGAGUGCGUCUACCGAAGAUUCGGAGCGCUGUCGCUGAUUAGACAUGAUCGCGACCCACGCCUCACGAGUGAAGUUUUCACCGAAAUGAUGCAGUCGUCGGCUAGAGCAACAUUAAGAUACCGACCCCAGGCGAAUGACCAGCAAGAACGGUCCGUCAAAACUGUUAUGCCGUCUGUGCGUGUAUACGACGAAGAUCGUUUGCCGCAGGACUGGGACGACACCACAGAGAAGUUGAUCUUUGCGAUUAACAAUUCGAUAGAUGCGACGAGAAGGGAGACACCCUUUUAUCUCGUUCAUGGGUGGGAUGCACAGUCUACUCUCAAGGCAAUGUCCUCGUCACUUCAAUGA